CGUGCGCGUUACAUUACGAACCGGAAAAUAUCGACGCUGCACCGCUCGAGUCCCAGAAAAAGUGGGUUCAGUUCAGCCAAAUGAAAAAGUGAUAAUAGAAGUCGAGACCGCAGCUAAAUUGAAAUUCAUCAAAGGUUCCUACAACGCGACGUGUAAUAAACAAAAACUUCGAAGCGAGUAAUUCAAAGCGCCGAAACGAAUAAAAGAAAAUAUUUAAAUAUAAAGAGGAAAGAAAAGGCCAAGUGCUAGAAAAUGUGCCGGGUGUAAAAGAGAAGAAAACACGGAGAGCAUAAUUAACUAAAGAAUCGGGGGAAAAUAAAGAAAAUCUGGCUUGGAGUAGAGGGAGCACAGAAGCCGAAAAUAUGUGCGCAGACUUUUCUUUGGCCAGUCAGUGGAAUUGAUUUUCUUUUCGUUUCUCCCCAAGACCCCCGGUUAUACCGUCUUUCCCCCCUCCUCUCACCCAUUUUCCGGUGCCUCCACGCAACUAAACCGUUAAUCGCCAAAAUGAUCUACUAUAUGCUACUCAUACUGCCUGUGGUCCUGGCCCAGGAUCAGCAGCACACCACGGAAUCGCUGUCCACCAAGCACCACCAGCAGCAGCAGCUGUCGCACUCGAAUGCGAUAAUGGGUGAGGCUGGGGUCUCCAACACGCAGCUGAUGCAGCCCUCGACUCCGGCGCGAACCCUGCGACCUUUGACCGCGGGCGCGGGUGGUGACCCCUCGAUGUACGACGCCCCCGACGAUUGCCACUUCAUGCCAGCAGCGGGUCUGGAUCAGCCGGAAAUAGCCUUAACGUGCAACCUGCGCACGGUGAACAGCGAGUUUGACACAACCAAUUUCAGUGUUAUCCCCGCCGAGCACACGAUUGCCCUGCACAUCCUGUGCAAUGACGAAAUCAUGGCCAAGAGUCGCCUGGAGGCGCAAUCUUUCGCCCAUCUGGUCAGGCUCCAGCAGCUGUCCAUCCAGUACUGCAAGCUGGGGCGACUGGGCCGCCAGGUUCUGGAUGGUCUGGAGCAGCUAAGGAACCUAACGCUCCGGACGCACAACAUCCUGUGGCCAGCGCUGAAUUUCGAGAUAGAAGCGGAUGCCUUCUCGGUCACCCGGAGGUUGGAGAGACUGGACCUCAGUUCGAACAACAUCUGGUCCCUGCCGGAUAACAUAUUCUGCACACUGUCCGAGUUGUCUGCCCUGAACAUGAGCGAGAAUCGCCUGCAGGACGUCAACGAGCUGGGCUUCAGGGAUCGCAGCAAGGAGCCUGCCAAUGGUUCCACCGAAUCCACCUCCACCACCGAAUCGGCCAAAAAGAGCAGUAGCUCAAGCACCAGUUGUUCGCUGGACCUGGAGUACCUGGAUGUGAGCCACAAUGAUUUCGUUGUACUACCAGCGAAUGGAUUUGGCACUCUCAGGAGGCUGCGAGUACUUUCGGUCAACAACAAUGGCAUCUCCAUGAUUGCGGACAAGGCUCUCAGUGGACUGAAGAACCUGCAGGUCCUGAACCUGAGCUCCAACAAAAUCGUGGCCUUGCCCACAGAACUCUUUGCCGAGCAAGCCAAGAUUAUCCAGGAGGUGUACCUGCAGAAUAAUUCCAUAAGUGUGCUGAAUCCCCAGCUCUUCUCGAAUCUGGACCAGCUGCAGGCCCUGGACCUGUCCAUGAACCAGAUAACCUCCACCUGGAUCGAUAAGAACACCUUUGUGGGUCUGAUUCGUCUGGUUCUGCUCAAUUUGUCGCACAACAAGCUGACCAAACUGGAGCCAGAGAUCUUCAGCGACUUGUACACCCUGCAGAUUCUGAAUCUGCGCCACAAUCAGCUGGAGAACAUCGCAGCCGACACUUUUGCCCCGAUGAAUAAUCUGCACACGCUGCUGCUGUCGCACAACAAACUGAAGUAUCUGGAUGCAUAUGCUCUGAACGGAUUGUAUGUGCUGUCGCUGCUCUCGCUGGACAAUAAUGCGCUGAUUGGCGUGCAUCCGGAUGCCUUCCGGAACUGCAGUGCUCUGCAGGACCUCAACUUGAAUGGCAAUCAGCUGAAGACCGUUCCGCUGGCCCUGAGGAAUAUGCGCCAUUUGAGAACCGUGGAUCUGGGCGAGAACAUGAUUACCGUGAUGGAGGAUAGUGCGUUUAAGGGUCUGGGAAAUCUCUAUGGUCUCCGCUUAAUUGGCAACUACCUGGAGAAUAUUACGAUGCACACAUUCAGGGAUCUGCCCAACUUGCAAAUCCUGAAUCUCGCCAGGAACCGCAUAGCAGUUGUGGAACCAGGGGCCUUUGAGAUGACCUCGAGCAUUCAAGCUGUGCGUUUGGAUGGCAAUGAGCUGAAUGACAUUAAUGGCCUCUUUAGCAACAUGCCCUCCCUUUUGUGGCUGAAUAUAUCCGAUAAUCGUCUGGAAUCCUUUGAUUAUGGACAUGUGCCAUCCACCCUGCAGUGGCUGGACCUCCACAAGAAUCGGCUGAGUUCCUUAUCCAAUCGUUUUGGUUUGGAUAGUGAGCUGAAACUACAAACUCUGGAUGUGAGCUUUAAUCAACUUCAGCGCAUUGGACCCAGUUCCAUACCAAACUCCAUCGAACUGCUGUUCCUGAAUGACAACCUGAUAACCACCGUUGAUCCAGAUACCUUUAUGCACAAAACCAAUCUGACCCGGGUGGAUCUCUAUGCGAACCAAAUCACAACGCUGGACAUCAAGUCUUUGAGGAUUCUGCCAGUUUGGGAACAUCGAGCUCUGCCAGAGUUCUAUAUUGGAGGAAACCCCUUCACCUGCGAUUGCAACAUUGAUUGGCUGCAGAAGAUUAACCAUAUAACUUCGAGGCAAUAUCCCAGGAUUAUGGAUCUGGAGACCAUAUACUGCAAGUUGCUGAACAACAGGGAGAGGGCCUAUAUUCCCCUGAUCGAAGCCGAACCCAAGCACUUUUUGUGCACCUACAAGACCCAUUGCUUCGCCGUUUGCCAUUGCUGUGAGUUCGAUGCUUGCGAUUGCGAGAUGACCUGCCCCACGAAUUGCACGUGCUUCCAUGACCAAACCUGGUCCACAAAUAUUGUGGAGUGCUCGGGCGCAGCUUACUCUGAGAUGCCGAGACGUGUGCCCAUGGACACUACUGAGUUGUAUAUCGAUGGCAACAACUUUGUGGAAUUGGCGGGACAUUCCUUCCUUGGUCGCAAGAACUUGGCUGUUCUCUAUGCGAACAACUCGAACGUGGCCCACAUAUACAACACCACUUUCAGUGGCCUUAAACGCCUGUUGAUCCUGCACUUGGAGGAUAAUCAUAUAAUCAGUCUGGAGGGCAACGAGUUCCACAAUCUGGAGAACCUGAGGGAGUUGUAUCUGCAGUCCAACAAAAUAGCCAGCAUCGCCAAUGGCAGCUUUCAAAUGCUGAGGAAACUGGAGGUCCUGCGACUGGAUGGCAAUCGAUUGAUGCACUUCGAGGUGUGGCAACUAAGUGCCAAUCCCUACCUGGUGGAGAUCAGCUUGGCCGACAACCAGUGGAGCUGUGAGUGUGGUUACCUGGCCAGGUUCAGAAACUACCUGGGUCAGAGCUCGGAGAAGAUCAUAGAUGCCUCCAGGGUGAGCUGCAUCUACAACAAUGCCACUAGUGUUCUGAGGGAGAAGAACGGCACCAAGUGCACUUUGCGAGAUGGCGUAGCCCACUAUAUGCACACCAACGAGAUAGAGGGACUGCUGCCUCUGCUCCUGGUUGCCACCUGUGCCUUUGUGGCCUUCUUUGGUCUUAUUUUCGGACUCUUCUGCUAUCGCCAUGAGCUGAAGAUGUGGGCCCACUCCACCAACUGCCUAAUGAACUUCUGCUACAAGUCACCCCGUUUCGUUGACCAACUGGACAAGGAGCGUCCCAAUGAUGCCUACUUCGCCUACAGCCUGCAGGACGAGCACUUCGUCAACCAGAUCCUGGCCCAGACGCUGGAAAACGACAUCGGCUAUCGACUGUGCCUGCACUACCGCGAUGUAAACAUCAAUGCCUACAUCACGGAUGCCCUCAUCGAAGCCGCCGAAAGUGCCAAACAGUUUGUGCUGGUGCUGUCCAAGAACUUCCUGUACAACGAGUGGAGUCGCUUCGAGUACAAGAGUGCUCUCCACGAGCUGGUGAAGCGCAGGAAGCGGGUGGUCUUCAUCCUGUAUGGAGAUCUGCCCCAGCGCGACAUUGACAUGGACAUGCGGCACUAUCUGCGUACGAGCACCUGCAUCGAGUGGGACGACAAGAAGUUUUGGCAGAAGCUGCGCCUGGCCUUACCCCUGCCAAAUGGUCGGGGCAACAACAACAAGCGAGUGGUAUCCGGCUGCCUAACGGCACGCACUCCCUCCGUGAAUAUGUACGCCACAAGUCAUGAGUAUCAGGCUGGGAAUGGUGGGGUGAUACCCCCACCAAGUGCCCGCUACGCGGACUGUGGCAGUAACAAUUACGCGACCAUCAACGAGUGUGGUGCAUCUGGAGGAGGUCGUGGGUACAAGCCCAUACCCACUUCAGCCUCGGCGGCAGCAGCAGCUUGUAAAUUUAACACCAUGAACCAGCUGUCCAAGAAGCAGCAGCGGGAUCUUAGUGUGGCCGGUAUGGCCAAGACCCUGGAGCAUCAGCACCAUUACAACCACCAAGCGAAUCGCAGGAGCCAGCACGAGUACGCGGUGCCCAGCUAUCUGCCCAGUGCUGCUCCGGCCUACGACAGUGUAGACUACGCCAAGCAGCAGAUCAGGAACAAUGCCAACUGCGAGUGCGUGAACCUGGGCACGGCCAAGAGGGCUGUCGGAAAAAAUCCCGCCUCGGGAUUGCCCUCCAGCUUUAGCUCGAACUUUGUGCCACCCGGUGGUGCCUCUUACAACGGCAAGAAGUCGUGCAGUUGCAUUGGAGACGACGAGCUGCUCUGCAGCUGCGGCGGAGGUGGCGGCAUUGGGGUCAAUCUCCUCGAGAGUGGCACCCAGAGCAGCGUGACCAUGAGCAGCAGCAGCAACAACAGCCGACAGCCCGAGCUCACACACUACGAGUCCAACUUAAGCCUGAACGACGACGAGGACGAGGACCAGGAUCAGCAGAAAAAUCUGUGGGCGUAACGGGUUUAAGUCUAGGGGUUAAGCAGACAGAGAUAGAAAAAAAAAACAGCAGGGGACAAACUGCGCAACCAGUGAAUUUAUAAAGAUAAAACGAAAACUCUAAACUAAACAAAAACUAUAAAGUUAAAAACAAUGUGAAAAGUGGCAGGCAGUUAGCAUACUUUUUGGACGGUUCACACAGACUGAUACUUUUAGUUCUUUGAAUAAAUUAAAAUUUAUUACCCUGUAAAUAGAGCCAGAGGAGAUAACGAAAUACUAUACCUAAAAAUGGGAUUUCAAUAAUUUAACAACCAUUGUAAAAAAGACACAAACGGUUUUUAUGUAAGGGCCUGUACAUAUUUAUAUAUAUUAUAGAAAUCUUUAAUUUAUUUAAUAUUACAUAGCUAUCACAAAUAUAAGAAAAACCAUGUUGAACAAAAAUAAAUGUAUGAGAAACAAACCGAUGAAAGAAUCCCAAUCAUUUACCACUUUCCCCAGCCUCUCCACCCGCCACCCCCUUCGACACCAACAGAUAGACAGGAAAAUUAAUUAGCAUGUAAGGAAAUUGUACGAUAAACAUCAAACAAUGCCAUGGUAAACUUGCAAAAGGAACAGAAACUGGGCAAUUUUUUUUCCACCCACAGAACGCGUGAAAAAUGCUGCAAACAAUAAAAAGUCAUAAUAAUAACUGCGAUGAAAACUUACAUACACAUCGAAAGUAUAUACGCGUAAUAAUAAUAUUAAUAGCUGACACUCAACAAUUGAAAAUAAAAUUAUAGUAAAUCAUAUCCCCUCUCUCAUAUAUUAUAUAUAUAAAUAUAUAUUUGUAUAUUUAUAUAUAUAUGUAUCUGAACACUCAGCCCUGGCAAUGCGAUAAUGAUGAGCCGACCGACCGAUGAAGCUGCCGUUGAUAACAAUUAAGCUGCGUUACGAAAUGCCGAUCGGGAAAUAUAAAUAAAACGCAAUGCAGUUUUGGGCUUAAUGGCUUCGUAUUUUUUCAUUUAAA